AUGUCCUGGCUCAUUUAUUCCACAUCAUCAUUUCGUCGUUACGAUUGGAAACGUCGAUUUCGAAAACAUCUCGAGACGAAAACUUUCAAUUUGACCGAUGUUCACACAACUUCAUCAACGAGUCAAACGCGAUUGUUUUCGACUUCGAACGGAACGAGCAAGUUCACUUUCAUCUUGAUCGUUGUCUUCAACUUUUUUCAUCUAGAUUUCACUCGAACGCAAAUCAAAGUUAUCGUAACUGUUGUUCUCAUCAUUAGUUUCAUUAUGAUAAUCAUUGCUAUCUUUCGGUUUAGAAAUGCAUGUCGACAUCGAGAAGAAGAUAAUCCACAAACGGAUAUAUUGCGCGCUCGCGCUGCACAAUACAAUGAGCCCAGUUCGAGACGUGGAAGUGUUGGAUGUGACGAUCAAACGCCAUUAUUAACAACAGAAUUUGUACCAACGAUUAAAAAUUCAUCAAAUCAUACGACUCGUAAAUAUUCUCUCAAUGCACUGUUACCACUCGUACGUCCUUCGAACUCGCAUCCGUUUUGUUCUUCAUUGACGUCUACGAAUGCCGACGGCGAGAAUUGUAACAGCAAUAGUAUCGAUUUGAAAUCCCGACGGCGCGCAACCUUUGCCUCAGUCCUUCGUCGAAACUCUUUCGCUAGACAACCACGUGUUUUCUGUUCGACAAUCGAUUCCACGACGUCGACAACAACCAAAACCAUAUCUUCGCAAACAGUUCCUGUUGAUUCCGACAAUAGCGAUCGAUCAUCAUUCUUACCAUAUCAAUCCACUACUUCGUUCAAAACUCAUCAUUGUAAAAAAGCGUCGAGUAUAACAUCAAUUGGGUCAACAACAUUACCAUCUUAUCAAAAAGCUUUCAUGCAAAAAAUUGAACGUUUUCGCUUCAUUGAUGAUAGUGCUUCGAGCACAACAACAGUGACGUCACCUGUAGAAAGUAUCGAGCGUGCAAAUAAUCAUCAAGCGUGUAGUCAUUUAAUAACAAAUGCUUUCGACCAAUUUCAUCAGUAUAACCAGGUUAGGUGCCGUCACACAACCGAUGACGAUGACAGUGAUGCUAAUUCACUAAUCGAUCGUCUAAAUGCGGAUCUAUUAGCUAAUGGUUCAUAUUCCGAUAUGAAUAUUCUCAAUCGAACAAUUUCACCCAAACCGAUUCAACCACAUUCACAAACAUUCAAACCCGUCAAUGGCAAAUCUUUACAACCAGUAGCGAAUGCAUCUACUACUCAAACAAAUGAUUAUCAACGUUCAACACCAAUUAAUAUUCCACAUUCGAAUACAACUUUACCAUUGUCAAAACAACGACAUCAAGUAGAUGUCAAUGGCCAUUCACGUUCCAUGGAAUUUCAGUCUUUAGCAACAAAACGCGAACCUCUUGCUCGACCAGUGGCAUUGAUUUCAACGAUUCAUGAAACAUCAUCGACAUCAUCGACAGCAACUCUUACAUCUAUACGUAGUUUGACUAGUCUAGAAUUCGAUGACAAUAGCAAACCAUCCGGUGUUCUUGUCGACGAUGAUUUUCUUCCGAUGUCAUCACCAAUCGAUGAACAUUUCUGGGAUAUGACAAAGAAAUCAUCAUCGUGUUUUACCAACAAUGACUGUUUCCCGAACGUUGGCUCGUCGCCUGAUGUUGAAGUCAAACAUUUCGAUGUACCACGAUCUCAUCUAUUAUCUGAAACAUCAUGUGAUGAAGAUGAUGAUGAAGACAGCGUUUCAUCAAUGAAUCAACCAGAAAAAUAUUCCAUAUAUGAAUUCAAAGUUAAAGAACUGCAAAAGCCAAUCGUUACCGUCAAACCCAUUUCAUCCUCAGCACAGAAAGUCUCCGAAAAUGCACUCUAUGAUAAAUCGUCUUCUACUCCGUCCACAAUGUCUGCAGAACAGUUUGGCAAUAACAGUAAUUCGAAUUCCACAUCUGUUGAUCAAACCACAGAUGAAUCCGUAUCGUUGAAAAGUUCAGCAACAAAGCGUUCAGACUUCUAUUGUGAUACAAUAACAACUCCACAAUCUCAAAUCACAUCCGAAGAGGAUGAUACACAGGAAAGCUCAGCUAACGACAUAUCCGAAGGCGAUGAUAGUGCUGAUAAUGGAGAAAUCGAUCUUGUGCAAGAAUUUGAAUUAUCACAAAAGGAAGAGCAGCACAAAAUCAAUAAUCUUUGGACAACCGAUGAUCGUGAUAUAUUCAUCAUGCAAGAAGAUGAUUUACUUUCCGCGUUAAUCUCAACACCAACCGAAGGGAACCGUACUCAGCCGACUUCGAUCAUGAAAAUAACAGCGACAAACAAAACAUUGGAUAAUUCAGACGAUCAAACAUCUCAACAGCAAGCAUUAAAACCGAAAGUACGUUUCAAUCUUGAUCCUCAAUACGAACGCGAACGUGAAUGGAAUAAAGUGACAAAAUUACUUGGGAACAGUGUUGAAUGGACCGAUGAAUUCGAGGUGUAG